UAACAUUUUUUCUAUAUUGAGUUAAAAACAUUUAAUCUCUCACAUUCUUCGAACUCCCAACUGCGCCACCGUCUGUUUUGACCCUUUUUCUGAUCUCUUCCCUUCGGAUUAAAUUAACCCUUUAACUUAUUCUAACUCUCAGAUUCUCUCUUCCUCCAAUUGGCGGCAAGCAACUCUUUGUUCAUCCUCUCAAUUCCUAAAUUUUGAGAUAUGGAGCGAUGGGCUAUGAGAUUUGUGAUGAUGAUGGCGUUUGUUGGGGUUUUGCUGUUGAGUUUGAGAAAAUCAGAAGGGAUUAGGUUUGUGAUUGACAGGGAAGAAUGUUUCUCUCACCAUGUUCAAUACGAGGGAGAUACUGUUCAUGUUUCUUUUGUUGUAAUCAAGGCAGAUUCACCAUGGCAUUAUGGCGAUGAUGGCGUUGAUCUUGUGAUAAAGGGACCUUCUGGUGAACAUCUUCAUGAUUUCCGUGAUAAGACUAGUGAAAAGCAUGAAUUUAUUGCUCACAACAAAGGUCUUCAUCGAUUCUGCUUCACGAACAAGUCUCCGUAUCAUGAAACCAUUGAUUUUGAUGUGCACGUUGGCCACUUUUCUUAUCAUGAGCAACAUGCAAAAGAUGAGCAUUUCAACCCUUUGAUGGAUCAAAUAUCUAAGUUGGAGGAAGCUCUUUACAAUAUUCAGUUCGAACAACAUUGGUUAGAGGCUCAGACUGAUCGCCAGGCAAUAGUGAAUGAAGGAAUGGGCAAAAGGGCAAUUCACAAGGCAAUGUUUGAAUCAGCAGCACUGGUAGGGGCCAGUGUCCUCCAAGUCUAUUUGCUGCAGCGCUUGUUUGAAAGGAAGCUUGGGACAUCCAGAGUUUAAUCAAACAAAUUCACCUUUCCCUUCUUUUUCUUUUUCUUUUUUUACUCUCCUAUUUAUGGCUUUAUCAUUUUGUAUCUUUUUCCCUCACAUGAUCGUAACAUACUAGUUGACUUUAAUAUAAAUUUUUCUUCUCUUUUUCUCUUGUCUGGUUCAAUAAGCAAUUACUUUCCUAUGUUCUUGAGUUUCUGCA